AAGUAUUUUAUGAUGAGACGUGAAUGUGACAGAGUCGGCGCGGUAAGGACCUUGUGAAUAACGGUCCUAUCUGUUUUGUUGCAUAGACAUCAUCGCCUACUUCGAAACAUCCGAUAUAUCACAUCGCAUCGCAUUCUAUGCAUCCAGCUUGAGCUUCAAGCUUAGGCUUAACAAUGGUGAAUGGCGAACACAACCUGUCAAUGCAACUGCCAGAUCCAACCAUGAAGCAACCCAACGUUAACGUUUCCGAUCAGAGCAUGUCGAAGAACCACAUCUCACCCACCCGUCGCAGGUUUCGGUCCAGAAGGAGGAAAACCACCUCUGCUUGCCCCCUCACAUCGCUCAGCUUCCGCGCAUACAGCAUCGACGGCACCAACAGUCCCUACUACAAGGGUCUCACCGACCAGUCUCUUGCCAUUGUGGACACCAUACCCUCCUGCACUCAACCUCAUCCUCAUCCUCACACCCCUUCCUCCGACCUUCUUUCAAGUCCUUAUUACAAAGGCCUUACGGACUAUUCCCUUGCUAUUGGUCCUUGGACCCCUCACAACCAUCCUCUUCCUUUUCCCCACAACUCCCUCUCCUACACCCCUAGUCCUUACUAUGCAGGCCUUCUCACUCACUACACCUUUCUCUUCCAUGCACCCUCGCUUCAACCUCCUUUCACUACAAACCCUAAACUCUCCCUUCCAAUCAUCAAGACAGACCCUACUUUGAAGGACUUGAUGGUCGAUGCUCCUCACGUUGACUUUGUUACUCAAGGAACUGAUGAAGUUGGCAAUCAUGCAUUGGAAGAACUUGGCGAGAAAACUUGUGUUGUGGUUGAUAAAGAGAAGGCAUUGAGAGAGAAUGAUGUUGAGAUGGUGACUGAAGUGUCAGAAGAAACAAUGUUGGAUAGAAAGUUGAUGAGUGAUGUUACUGAAGAGAAGCCAUUGGGGGAGAAAGCAUCGGAAACAAGCGAGAUGGAUGUGUGGAAGGAAGAGGAAGUGAAAGAAGUUGUUUCAUCAUCAGAAGCAGUUGUUGCUUCGUCUGAAUCUGAAUGGAAAGAAGGAGAUGGGUACGAUUAUACAUGGGCAGCCAAAUACCAACCCAUGGCCUUGGAAGACUUCAUCUGCAACAAAGAUAUAGCAAGUCAACUCAAGACAAUGGUAGAAGGUGGUUGUGGGUGCAGCCACUUUAUAUUUGAAGGACCACCAAGCGUGGGGAAGAGAUCCAUGAUAAGGGCUAUGCUGGGAGAGGUAUUCGGCUCCGAAAGGGUCCAGGUCGUAGAAGAAUAUAAAAACUUCAUUUUGAAGGGAGAAAUGGUUGAUAGUGUGCAAGUGCGCGUGAAGAAAUCACUCCAUCAUGUGGAGGUGAAUCUGUCAGAGACAAAUGGAUACGAAAAACAUGUAAUUGUUGAUUUAUUCAAGGAAACAUAUGGGCAGGUGAUAGAUAACUCUCAACCUUGUUGCCCAGAAAACUGCAAAGCAAUCGUUUUGUACGAGGCGGAAAAGCUGUCGAUAGAAUCGUUGUUGUACAUUAAGUGGCUGCUAGAGAAGUACGACGGGUGUAAUAAGGUUUUCUUCUGUUGCUCCGAUGAAUCUAAGCUCCAACCUGUGAAGCCACUUUGCAUCACUCUGCGCCUUUCAUCGCCGUCAACCCAAGAGCUAGCUAAGAUUUUGGAAAACAUUGCAAUAGAAGAAGGGAUACAGUUAUCACGCCACUUAAUCGAUACCAUAAUUUUGAGAUCCAACAACAACCUACGCCAAGCCAUUCGCUCGUUAGAGGCCACUUGCCGAAACAGGAAUGCUAUCAAAGACGACGACGUGAUUCUAACGGGUUGGGAACAAGAUAUUUUGGAUAUUGCCAAGAAAAUAAUCCAAGAGCAAAGUCCACGACAGUUGUACGCCAUUCGUAGAAAGCUACGAAGUCUUAUGAGCCAUGAUGUUCCUCCAGAUUUUAUUUACAAGUCUUUGGUACCAGAAUUAACCACUCUUGUUCAUCACUCGCUACGCCCAGGGGUUGCCAAACUCGACAGGGACUUCAUGAGAGCCAGUGAAAUGAAAUUUGAAACUAUGAAGCAGCACUUCUAUCAUGCUCAAAAACAGUCGGAAUCUGAUGACAAGAACAAUGAUUCAACAAAAAAGAAUGCCUUAACUUACUUAAAAGUGGAAGAGUUUAUAGCGAAAGUGAUGAGCUGGUACAAGAAUUGGUCUGAAAAAGACAAUAAGCAGUAGCGCGUGCAGCAACACGUUGUGUCUGUUAAAUAUGAACCAAAUAAUGAUUGCCACGAAAAUGUGGCAAGAACACCUUUUUACACAACAAUAUAUUUGGGUGAAUGUUGGAGUGCUUCAUUUAUUAAUCUUGCUAGUUUGAUUGGGAUGCAAGCUAGCUUUGUAAUUAUUGCGUACUCCAUUUCUGUUACAAAACCAAGGUAGUUUAUACUCUAUCUUUGUCGUAGGUGCUUGUUCCUUUCUUCAUUACAAACAAUUUUAUCUUAAAAUAAUUAC